AUGCACCCUGACGAUGAGGAGUUGACAACAUUCAGGACCCGAUACGGGGCAUACAAGUACAAGGUCCUUCCCUUCGGGUUGACAAAUGGGCCUUCGACAUUUCAGCGGUACAUCAACGAUGCUUUGAUGGGGUACCUGGACGACUUCUGCAGCGCGUACAUUGACGAUAUCCUCAUUUACUCCAAUACGCUGGGAGAACAUAAGAGUCACGUUCUGAAAGUUCUGCAGCGCCUCAAGGCUGCCGGGCUACAAGCGGAUCUAGACAAAUGCGAAUUCCAUGUCCAAGAGACGAAAUUCUUGGGGUUCAUCAUCGGCGUCAACGGAGUAUCGGUGGAUCCCGUGAAGGUCGCGGUUGUGAAGGAUUGGAAAGAACCAACCACGGUGAAGGGGGUCCAGUCCUUCUUAGGGUUCUGCAACUUCUACCGGAAAUUCGUGAGGAAAUAUGACCGUGUGGCAAGGCCCUUGACAAGGCCGACAAAGAAGGGGGAAGCUUUUGAGUGGUCUAAGGAUUGCCGGAUUGUUUUUGACGAGCUGAAGAGGAGACUCCUGGAGGCUCCAGUCUUAGCCCAUUUCGAGUAUGGGCAUGCAACGAGGAUGGAAACAGAUGCUUCAGACGGUGUGUUGGCUGGUGUGUUGUCGCAAGAGCAUGAAGACGGUUGGCACCCGGUGGCCUUCUAUUCGGAAACUAUGCAAAAAGCGGAGCAUAAUUACCCGAUUCACAAUAAGGAGAUGCUGGCAGUCAUGCGAGCACCUUUGUGUUGGCGGGCGGAACUCAUAGGGCUUCAACAGUGGCCUUUUACCAUCUUCACGGAUCACGGAGCACUCAAGUAUUUCAGUACAAAGAGGUUGUUGAGCUCCCGGCAGGCCGCAUGGGCCGGGAUUCUUUCCCAGUAUAAUUUUCACAUUACCCACCGGCCAGAGAAGGAGAAUGCCGCGGCGGACGCUCUGUCUAGGAAGGCGGUGGACUUGAAGACACAGAAAGAUAAGGAUGCGCAGCGCCUGCAACCCCAUGAAGUCAUGUUCAAAUUCCCCAUGUCCGCCUUUGCAGAAUGGAAGACUUUCACACCCUUGGAGGACCUCCCUACGGCGGAACGACUGUCGCGUCAGGAAGCCAGAGACGCAGCCCUUAAAAUACAGGGUCAUGUCGAACAAGCCCGAGCCACCAUUAUCCAAGCACAGCGCGUCAACUCUGCCUUAGGAUGCCGCUUGCCGGACCCAAAACGGCUGGGCCGCAUUCUAAUCGCUAUAUCUUCUUCAAUCCUCAAUGAUAUCGACAACCACAUCGACUAUCUCCUUUUCAACUAA